AUGAUAAAUAUUACCAGAUUUUGGUUAGUUGGGUAUGAUGAAAAUGGCUCUCCUUUGGCCGUGGAUAAAAUGAAAGAAGAUUUUUCUCAGGAGCAUGCAGACAAAACAAUAACUUUAGAAUCACAUCCACACAUUUCUGGUUUAACUUUAGCAACUAUCCAUCCAUGCAGACACGCACCUGUUAUGAAACGUUUAAUUGAACAAUUUCAAGAAAGUGGGAAAGAAUUGCUUGUUAUCGAUUAUUUGUUUGUUUUUCUGAAAUUUGUACAGGCUGUAAUUCCAACUGUUGAGUAUGACUACACUCGUUCUAUUCACUUUUGA